AUCCACUCGGACUCGGAUGAGGGAGACGGCUCCAUCAAGUACACUAUCUCCGGGGAGGGCGCAGGGACUAUCUUCCUCAUCGAUGAGAUCACAGGUGACAUCCAUGCCACCGAGCGCCUGGACCGGGAGCAGAAAACCUUCUAUACGCUGCGGGCUCAGGCCCGCGACCGCCCCGAGUCAGAGUUCAUCAUCAAGGUGCAGGACAUCAACGACAGCGAGCCGCGCUUCCUGGAGGGGCCCUACAUCGGCAGCGUGGCUGAGCUGCCCCCCAUCGGCACCUCUGUGAUGCAGGUGAUGGCAUCUGAUGCUGAUGACCCCACAUACGGGAGCAGUGCCCGGGUAGUCUACAGUGUGCUGGAGGGCGAGCAGCACUUUACUGUGGACAGUAAAACAGGUGUGAUCCGGACAGCCGUGGCUGACCUGGACCGUGAGACGCAGGACCGGUAUGAGGUGGUGAUCCGCGCAACGGACAUGGCAGGACAGCUGGGUGGCCUGUCUGGAUCCACCACAGUCACCAUCGUAGUCACUGAUGUCAAUGACAACCCACCACGCUUCCCUCAGAAGAUGUAUCAGUUCAGCAUUGUUGAAACUGCCCCUGUGGGCACCGCCAUCGGGAGGGUGAAAGCAGAGGACUCUGACGUCGGGGAGAACACGGACAUGAUGUAUCAGGUGAAGGAUGAGGAAGGGGUGGAGGUGUUCAAAGUCAUCACGGACAGCAAUACCCAAGAGGCUGUCAUCACGGUACAGAAGCCGCUUGACUACGAGUCGAAAAAAGUGCACACUGUCGUGGUGGAGGCCCUCAACAAGUUCGUGGACCCGCGGUUCGUGGACCUGGGCACUUUCCGGGACCAGACCAUUGUGCGGGUCUCGGUGCUGGAUGUCGAUGAGCCCCCCGAGUUCCGGCCCCCCUCCAACCUGAUGGAGGUCCAGGAGGACGCACACGUUGGCUCUGUCGUGGGGGUGGUCACCGCCCUUGACCCAGACACAGCGAACCAUCCUGUCCGGUAUGCCAUUGACCGCAGCACAGACGCAGAGAGGAUCUUUGACAUCGAUGCCAACACGGGUGCCAUUGUGACAGGAAAGGUCCUGGACCGGGAGACGGCAGGGUGGCACAACAUCACUGUCCUGGCGAUGGAAGCAG